AUUUGAACAAUUUAGCACUUUGAUCUGACUCUUGGCAGAGCAAACUGCUGGCAUAUUGUUUAUAAUGAAACUAUAUAUGAAUAUGUAUAUGUAUAUAAACUGGUUCUAUUGUGUUUAUUAAGUCUCUUUGAAAUUUAAUUGACGUGAUUGAUUCUAUUCAAAAUACAGGAUUGGUUUGAAUUUUAAAACCAUAAUUGUAGCAGUCUUUUAAAGAUGGCAAUUGAUGUUAAUUGCAUACAUUCGGUACCUGUUUUGAGUGAUUCAAUCACAAGUGGUCAGGCAAGACAGAUCACUAUUUACAUCUUAUAUUAACAUACUGUACAGUAUAUCUCAAAUGCUUCAUCAGAUUUUGAGGCGAGCAUCUCUUAUUUAAAGAACACAUCUCUCACUACAUCUAUGUGCAUGUUUAUAAAGCUCAAAAAGUUGGCAUACUGUUGACACCAAAUACACUUUCAAAUAUUUAUAUUACCGUAAAUGUGACGUUUUAGAGCAGAAUGCUCAUUGUUCAAGUAGAGUACAAGUUUGUGAUGUAUGUCACUGCAUGUUGAAGUCAAAAAAAGGUUUCUGCAUUUAUUUGUGUGCUCUUUUCCAAUUUUUUGUGAUCAGAUAACAAAACGUUUCGUACCCCAUUUAGACCUGUAUUAUGUGCUGAGUUGUGACGGAUCACUCGGUAAUGUAUGGAUGUUAAUACCAGAGUUAAUGGUACAAUUUGACAAAAAACUGCUUUAUUAAGUUUUGCUGGCUGACAUUUGGGAACUUUUUGCACUCUCUCUCUCUCUCUCUCUCUCUCUCUCUCUCUCUCUCUCUCUCUCUCUCUCUCUCUCUUUCUCCACACAGAAACAUACCUCUUAGCCUGCCUGGUUGACUUCUUCUCAAACUGUGACCGAUAUUCAAGGGGGAGAGAGCUUUCCUGUUUGGCUCGGACAACCUCAAACAAGCUGUGAAACAGGCUUUAAGGAUGGAGACCUCUUCAUGUCAUUCAAGAGCAUGUUUCAGGAUAUUCGAGAUGCUGUAGACUGGGUACACUUUAAGGGAACGCUGAAGGAGAAAACAGUAGAAAACCUGGAGAAGUAUGUUGUGAAAGAUGCAAAGUUGUCAUUGCUGUUGAGCCGUAUGAAUGAAGUCGCCAAAGUUUUCUUGGCCACCAACAGCGACUACAAAUACACAGAUAAAAUUAUGACAUACUUGUUUGACUUCCCCCAUGGUCCAAAGCAUGGCACUCCACACCGUCCAUGGCAGUCCUACUUUGACCUGAUUUUAGUGGAUGCUCGGAAGCCUUUAUUCUUUGGAGAGGGAACGGUCCUAAGACAGGUGGAUACGACCACGGGAAGACUGAAAAUAGGUACAUACACUGGACCUCUACAACAUGGCAUUGUCUACUCUGGAGGUUCCUCUGACAUUUUAUGUGACCUGCUCGGAGCAAAAGGGAAGGACAUUGUAUACAUUGGGGAUCAUAUUUUUGGGGAUAUCCUCAAGUCCAAGAAGCGACAGGGCUGGCGGACAUUCCUUGUGAUUCCUGAAUUGGCUCAGGAGCUGCAUGUGUGGACAGACAAGAGCUCUCUAUUCGAGGAACUACAGGGCUUGGACAUUUUCUUGGCAGAACUGUAUAAGCAUUUGGAUAGCAGCAGCAAUGAGAGGCCAGAUAUCAGUGCCAUCCAGAGAAGAAUGAAGAAAGUAACUCAUGACAUGGACAUGUGUUACGGGAUGAUGGGGAGUCUCUUCCGCAGUGGCUCUCGGCAGACUCUGUUUGCUUCUCAGGUGAUGCGUUAUGCUGACCUGUACGCUGCUUCAUUUAUCAACCUGCUCUACUACCCCUUCAGCUACCUGUUCAGAGCAGCACAUGUGCUGAUGCCCCAUGAGUCCACAGUGGAACACAGCCACGUGGAGACAGACACAGAAUCUCCUCUGGCCACACGUAACCGCCACUGCGUGAACUGCAAGGACACGGACUGCAAAAGAAACCAGCUCACACGCUCGAUCAGUGAAAUCAAACCACCCCACCUGUUUGCUCAACCACCACAGGAAAUCACACAUUGCCACGAUGAAGAUGAUGAUGAAGAGGAGGAGGAAGAGGAGGAGGAAGAGGAGGAAGAGUAGAUGUCGUUAGGCCCCUUCUAGGGUAAAGAUCCAUAGGGAGAUAAUGAUAGAGUGAUUAUGAUGAUGAUAUUGUGUGGUAUAGAUGAGGAAGAGUGGAUAUAUAAAGUAGAUCUUGGAUAAACAAGCUCAAGCUCAAACAGCUAUGUGGAUAGUACUAGAGUUUGGUUCACCCUGAACUGACUGUUUCUUUCUUUUAAAUGAAAAAAAGAAAGGAUCAAUGUUCAUUUGUUUUCAAGAAAUCAUUUUUAAGAAGUGAUUUUUGUAACGAUUGGGGUGGUAUCUGGAAUUGUUUUCAAUAUGGGUAGAAUCAUCAUUAAAUCAGCUCAAAUGUGAUAGACAUCCAAUGAAAACAGUGAAGGGAUAUAGUGCUUUACUGUGAGCUGGUGGUAAAAUGCAUACAUUUACAUUAGAUUGUCUUGUAUGCAUCAUACUGUGACACAAACACACAGAAAAUAAUCAAAGCCUAUGAGUAUGAGAGAAGAGCCGAUUGCAGUUGUUUGGUCCUUACACAAACUGUGCACAGCUUAUUAUAUUCAGAAUAUAAUGGUCCAGUAUUUUAUUUUAGUUAUAUUUUAUUUUUUAAAGAUCUGUUUAGACACUGACCUUUUAUUAUAACUUUGAUUUGCCAGUCAAUCCAGUCAGAUUAAUUUAGUUGCAGCUACCUCCUGCAAAACCUGUAUCCAAUAACUGUCCCUUAGAAAACUGUGUAUGUAAGCAGAGUGUCUGUGUUGAAGUCUGCAUGUGUUAUGAAUGUGAAUGAAGCACAGAGAAACUGAAGUACACGGUUCAGCAUGAUGUGAGAAAGGAAGAGCGCCAACACAAGAAUCCAGUUACUUGGCAACAGCAUGCAGCAACUUUCUGUUUUUUUAGGUUUGUUGUUACCCUGAUGUUUUUCCAUCUAUUAUUUUAAUGCAGAUAUAUUGGCUAGAUGUAAUGCUACAGAGUAGCUAUCAACAGAUGCUUCUUGUAUUACAAAGAAUUCCCCAAAUUAGUAUUCCUGAACACACACAGACACACAUUAUUUCAGGACCUUCCCUAAUUUUGGCAAAACCAGUAUAUGACGUACUGUAUUUUUAUACUGUUAAUAUACUGUAAGUUGGACACAAAGUCCACAUCACCUGUCAUUAAAGUGAUACUGUAAAACAGUAUUUAUGUAACAAACUAUAAAAAAAUUAAAUAUACAAUAAGUGACCUUGAUAUGCAAAAAACAAAUAGAUUUAUGGCCUGAGUAGUAGAUCUUUAAAGGAGCUUAUCAUUACACAUCAAUAAUAAAUAAGAAACUGAGAUCAGACACCGGUCAUUGUGAGGAUAACGUUAACAGCUGGGCAUUGUGAAACUGAAGUGAUAGGUUGAGAAUGUUGUUUCAUUGGUGAUUGUUUCUAUGGAAAUUAAUGCAGUCCUGGCAAAUGUUUGAAAUCUGUUGAUGGUUUACUCCCAUGUGGACCAAUACCGUGUAGAGAAAUUGUGUUAUUUUUAGUUGAAAGGGUUUAGACCCUUUUUGACGUGUAACCGAACAGCAAGAUUGUGGAAGCCAGUGAGUUUGUAAAAUAUAUAAUUAGGAAGGAAGAGGUGGGAAGUGUUCAGAGUGAAUGAAACAGGUAGAACAUUAGGAAUAUCUGUGUGGAUAAUAUAUGCAUUACUCAAAAUAAUAGUAUGUAGGAUUUGAUUGAAUUAAGAUACACAAUCCAUAUUGCAACAUGUAUCACUCAUAUGCAUAUUGUAAGUGUAUAUUGUUAACAUUUUAGAGAACAUAAUUUUUCAUAGAUAUGAAAGUCGAUUUUUAAAAAGGGAAGACCAAGUAUGAAUGAUGUGAAACCUUGAUCUAAUAUAAAGGUUUGUGGUGAGGCAAAAAAUAGUUUUCUAGGUUUUAAAGGUCUCCAAGGGUUUCCAAGAAACCAGUAAAAAAGGUUUAGAUAGAGAUUUUUUUAAAGGAUAUUUUGUAUGUGUAAACUUUAGUUUAUAGUUUGAUAGAAACUGGACAUCCUAAGAUGGGGCAGCUCUUACAAUAUAUGCUUGUUCUUGGUCCCGGUCUUAUAGAGACCACAGUAUGAAGUGAAUUGUCAAGGUUGUACAUGAACUGGUUAAAAAGAUCCAACAUCUCCCUUAUAUUUGUGUUUAUUAGCUUUUUACAUAGAAUUCUUUAUGGUGUAUAUAUAGAUACACUGGCAGCCAAAAGUUUGGAAUAAUGUAUAGAUUUUGAUCUUAUGGAAAGAAAUUGGUACUUUUAUUCACUGAGCACAAUGUAUAGUCAGGACAAUAACGUGAAAAAUUACUAUUACAAUUUGAAAAAAAAACUUCUUAAACUAAGUUCAGUUCAAAGUGUUCUUUCUCAUCAAAGAAUCUUCCAUGUGCAGCAGUGACAGCUUUGCAGAUCCUUUGCAUUCUAGCUGUCAGUUUGUCCAGAUACUCAGGUGACAUUUCACCCCACACUUCCUGUAGCACUUGCCAUAGAUGUGGCUGUCUUGUCGGGCACUUCUUACGCACCUUACAGUCUAGCUGAUCCCAGAAAAGCUCAGUGGGGUUAAGAUACAUAACACUCUUUUCCAACUAUCUGUUGUCCAACGUCUGUGCUCUAACCUUUUCUUUUUGUUUUUCUGUUUCAAAUGUGGCUUAUUCUUUGCAAUUCUUCCCAUAAGGCCUCUGUACCCCUGAGUCUUCUCUUUACUGUUGUACAUGAAACUGGUGUUGAGCGGGUAGAAUUCAAUGAAGCUGUCAGAUGAGGACAUGUGAGGCAUCUAUUUCUCAAACUAGAGACUCUGAUGUACUUAUCCUCUUGUUUAGUUGUACAUCUGGCCUUCCACAUCUCUUUCUGUCCUUAUUAAAGUAAAUUUCAAGCAUUGUAUAGUGUUCAUUCCUCAAAACAAUGAUUGACUGACAAGUUUCUGGAGAGACCCAUUUCUUGUUUUGCCAUUUUUGACCUAAUAUUGUCCUUAAGACAUGCCAGUAUAUUGCAUACUGUGGCUACUCAAAAACAAACACAAAGACAAUGUUAAGCUUUAUUUAACCAACCAUAUAGCUUUCAGCAGUAUUUUAUAUAAUGGCAAGUGAUUUUCUAGUAUCAAAUUAGCUUGGUUACUCAAGGAUAAGGUGUUGGAGUAAUGGCUGCUGGAAAUGAGGCCUGUCUAGAUUGUAUCAAAAAAUACUUUUUUCAAAUAGUGAUGGUGCUGUUUUUUAUAUCAGUAAACUGUGAUCAGUUGAAUACCACUUUGGUGAAUUAAAGUACCAAUUUCCUUCCGAAACAGCAAAAUCUGUACAUUAUUCCAAACUUUAGUAGCUCCCUGGGCUAGUUUACACAGGUGUUGGCAAUUGUUCUUUUUAGUCUGAUUGUCUAUGCAAGGGAAACUGGCCAGUGAUCACACAAAGGAUUUGAACCAUAGAAAAGCAUUGAGUUUGAACAGUAUUCGUCCAGAAGGCAUUGUUUCACAAGAGCAGAAUAAACUGCUGAAGUGAUUGGUUUUAUUCAGCAAAGAGUGAGUUAGCCAUCAUCCCUCCUUAAUGGGUGAAGAUCUAAUCCCUUCAGUCAUAGGUGCAGUAGCAUUGCACGUGCAUACGUCUCUAUUUGAACCAUUUUUUUGUAUUACUAUAUUUUGCCAUAGUUCAGUUAUAUGUGUUAAACCUGCCAAUAACGUAUACUAAUAAACAUUUGUUUUCUAUUUUUUACCUUUUUUCUAAUUUCUGGGGGGGGGGUAAAAAAUAGUUUUUCAUUAGCUUUCAGAUUAGCAAAGGAACAAUGUGUAAAUCUGUGCUGUCUAUAAAGAUAAUUAAGAGCAAAAUAGCCACGGCAUUUAUUAAUCCCUCAUUCUUUGUUGUUUUGUUGUUGUUUGCUUGUUUGUUUAGGGCGUGUGAUUUCAUGUCUCCAAAAUUCAUGUUUGCUUCCUGAAAUAUGAUUUUAUGAUUUACAGAGUUCUAAACUUAUACUGUACGUAUUGGAAAUUACAUUAAAUAAAGAUAAUUUUACAUAAUAAA